AUGUCCAAGGUCCACAUUUCAGGGAAAGAGCAGACAAGAAUAAGAGAUUUUGUGAUGUCUCCUGUGCGUGUCCCACCAAGUUCUAAGGAUCCAGAGGCUCUGGAGAAUGGGGCUGAGCACUUCACUAAGGAGGAAUGGGAUGCUCUGACACCUGCUGAAAAGGCCUGUUACAACGAAAUAAUGCAGAAGAACCUAAUGCAUGUGAUUCUUGAAACGCUACAGGAGAUUGAGGACAGAAUAAUUGACGAAGAUGAAGUUGAAACUGACAGAAAUGUGAACCACCUCCCCAAUCUUGUCCUUUCUGAUACCACGAAAACAGGCUUGAAGAGGGAGUUUGAUGAAGGCUUUACAAAGAAGAUGAUUGAGUCCGUGAGCCGUCCUUCCAUGGAGCUUGUCCUCUGGAAACCUCUUCCUGAACUUCUCCCUGAUAAGCCAGAGCCGUCAUCCAAUGCCAAGAACUACGUGGGAGGAAGAGAGCGCCAGAGGAAGCCUGCAGUUGCCAGCGCUGCCUUCCUGCAGAGAGCUGAACUGUUCUUGGAACCCCGGCAAACAGAGGUGCCUCCGUACAAUAGUGUGGAGACAGCUGCUAGCUCCGAAGAAGACAUGGAGCUCUAGAACCCAGUUUCUGCUGGUUGA